AUGUUCAACAUUACGAGGCCUCGUUUAAGCGAGUAUUUCAGACAGUCUCAAUGUCUGUGGCAACAACAUAGUAAAAACAAUAUUUCAGUUGAUCCAAGCAGGACAAAGCAAGAGAACUUGGAAGCUAGACAAAAAGAAAUCAUGGCACGUGGCCUGCCAAAACGAAAGCGAAUAAAAGAUGUAAAACAAAUUCUCCUGAUUGCCUCUGGCAAAGGUGGAGUUGGAAAAUCAACAACUGCAGUUAAUCUGGCAACUGCACUGAAAGUUGUAGAACCAAAACGAUCUAUCGGAUUGCUAGACGCUGAUGUUUUUGGGCCUUCUGUACCUGUAAUGAUGAACAUACACGAAUCACCAGCAAUAAAUCGUGAGAACCUCAUGGAGCCACUCGUGAAUUAUGGUAUAAAAUGUAUGUCUAUGGGCUUUUUAAUUGACGAGAAAUCACCGGUAGUCUGGAGAGGACUCAUGGUGAUGAGUGCAUUGGACAAGCUGGUGAAUCAAGUAGCAUGGGGGCCGCUUGAUUACCUGGUGAUCGACACACCUCCCGGAACAGGCGACACACAUCUGUCCCUCAUUCAGACUCUUUUCAUCGCCGGCGCGUUGCUGGUAACGACGCCGCAGAAAGUCGCGCUGGAAGUGACCAGGAGAGGCGCUAACAUGUUCAAGAAAUUGGACAUACCUGUCGCUGGCAUCGUAGAAAACAUGAGUACAGUCACAUGUCCGAAGUGUAUGACUGAGGUGUCUCUCUUCGGUAACGACACGCCGUCAUUCGCUGAAGAGCUAGGUGUGGAUAUUUUGCAGAAGAUACCGAUGCACAAAAGUAUCGCGGAGGGUUCGGACAGCGGAAGACCGAUUGUUCUGUCGGCACCAGAAAGUAAACAAGCGGAGGCUUACAGAGAAUUGGCCGAGCACGUUGUUGCCUUUCUGAGUAAACAAAGAAUAAAGGGAGACUGAUCUUAAAA